CCAGACUGCUCAUCUGACCGGUUCCCCUUUAAGAACUCUGCUGGCAUCGCCGCUUUAAGAGCAGCACGGUUGCAGUGCAUGCCGGGAGGCCGGCUGUCACAUGGAGUACAGGGACGUGUAGGACACUGUACAGAUAGGAAGAUGGAGUGUACUUGUAGUAAAGGGGUUAAUGUCCUACACCAGGCUGGGCUGCACGUAUGAGGCCUUCUCCAAGAGACGCUGGUAGAUCUGCUGGACUAAGCGAAGAGAAAUGUUUGCUAUAAAUCCUGGUCACACCACAAGAUGUCUGCGCCUGUGGAAGUGGAAGCAUCAAGUCUGUGCCCUCAGGAGAUGCCUGUCUGGGCAGAGAUGGCAGACACUGACCCUAUGGGGAAGUCGCUGCUUGUUGCAAACUAUCCAUCCUACAAAUCUGUUGCAGGUGGCGCCGUACAGUUCCAAAAAGGACAGAAUUGACAUGUCUGGUUAUGAUGUUGAAUAUAUUAGAAAUUUUAGUAUAAUAGCUCAUGUAGACCAUGGGAAAAGUACGCUUGCAGACAGACUGCUUGAGAUUACAGGGUGUAUUCCGAAAGCUGCUUCCAAUAAGCAAGUUCUGGACAAGCUACAAGUGGAGAGAGAGCGGGGGAUCACAGUGAAAGCCCAGACUGCCUCUCUGUUUUAUACUUUGGAGGGGAAGAAGUAUCUCUUAAACCUGAUCGACACUCCAGGUCAUGUUGAUUUUAGCUAUGAAGUUUCAAGGUCCCUCUCUGCUUGCCAAGGUGUAUUAUUGGUGGUUGACGCAAAUGAGGGCAUUCAGGCACAGACUGUGGCAAACUUCUUCCUCGCCUUUGAAGCGCAGCUUUCAGUUAUUCCUGUCAUAAACAAGAUUGACUUGAAGAAUGCCGACCCAGAGAGAGUGGAGAAACAAAUUGAAAAGAUGUUUGACAUUCCUGCUAGUGACUGCAUUAGAAUCUCAGCAAAGUUUGGAACAAAUGUGGAGAGAGUACUUCAAGAAGUUGUCCGAAGGCUUCCACCUCCUGCAGUAGAAAAGGGACGCCCCCUGAAAGCCCUGCUGUUUGACUCCAUGUUUGACCAGUACCGAGGUGUGAUCGCCAGUGUUGCCCUGUUUGGAGGGGAAGUGUGUAAAGGCAAUAAAAUAGUGUCUGCUCACUCUGGCAAGUGCUAUGAAGUCAAUGAGGUUGGCAUACUGACCCCUGAUGAAGUACCUGCUGAAAAACUGUGUGCAGGGCAGGUGGGGUACCUAGUUGCUGGAAUGAAAGACGUACAGGAAGCACAGAUAGGAGACACACUACAUUUGUUGAAGCAGCCUGUGGAGCCUCUGCCUGGCUUUAAGCCUGCAAAGCCCAUGGUAUUUGCAGGGAUGUUCCCAGUUGACCAGUCUGAAUACAGCAACUUAAAAAGUGCCCUGGAAAAGCUGACGUUGAAUGAUUCCAGCGUGUCUGUCACCCGGGACAGCAGUUCAGCGCUCGGUGCGGGCUGGAGGUUGGGCUUCCUGGGGAUGUUACACAUGGAGGUUUUUAACCAGAGACUGGAGCAAGAGUACAAUGCAUCUCUCAUAGUGACGUCCCCUACAGUCCCAUACAAAGCUGUGCUGUCUUCUCCAAAGCUGAUCAAGGAGCAUGGAGAAGAAGUGAUCACCAUUGUGAAUCCAUCUGAAUUUCCUGACAGAUCUGUAGCGAAGGAGUAUCUGGAACCUAUGAUACUGGGCACAAUUAUUUCACCAGAUGAAUAUCUUGGGAAGAUCAUGUCUCUGUGCCAGACCCGCCGAGCGGAGCAGAAGAGCUUUCUCUACAUAGAUGAACACAGGAUCAUGAUGAAGUAUCUGUUCCCUCUGAACGAAGUUGUGGUGGAUUUUUACGACACUUUAAAAUCCUUAUCUUCUGGAUAUGCCAGCUUCGACUAUGAAGAUGCAGGAUACCAGCCCGCUGAUCUGGUGAAAAUGGAUAUUUUACUGAACGGUCGUCUGGUGGAAGAAUUAGUGACUAUUGCACAUAAGGAAAAGGCAUACUCUGUGGGUAAAGCAAUAUGUGAACGCUUACGGGAUGCCAUACCAAGACAACUGUUUGAGGUAGCAGUUCAGGCCGCCAUCGGUAGCAAGAUAAUUGCACGAGAAACAGUUAAAGCCUACAGGAAGAAUGUCUUGGCAAAAUGCUAUGGUGGUGAUAUCACAAGGAAGAUGAAGCUGCUUAAGAGACAAGCUGAAGGGAAGAAAAAAAUGAGAAAAAUUGGUAAUGUGGAAGUGCCUAAAGAUGCAUUCAUCAGUGUAUUAAAAAGACAGCCGGACAAGUGACCUCCAUAGCACCUAGUUGUUGUAAUGUUGUUGGGCCUAAUAAAUACCAAGUAUUUGAAUAUGACUUUGAACCUGGAAGAACUGUAUUUUUUCCUAUACAGCACCUGUCACUUCUGAAGUGUAUAUAUGUAAUGAAAUGAUAUUGUUGAUACAAUAUGACUACAUUUCUUAUAAUAAAAUGUUUGUAGAAAAGUAA